ACGAUGAAUUACCGUAACAAACUUAUUGUGGAUUAUGUUGCUCUAUCGGCUAGCCCUGCUGCCUUCUCGGUUGUCUUGACUGUUUUGCAUUCUCAUUCAGUCGUGAUAACGAGAACACUAAGGCCACAGGCUGAGGAACACUCACUCGGAGAUGUAUUAAGUCGGAAUAGCAACAACAACAAAAAAUCGCGAAUCGUUACUUACCGUCAAAGCUUCAUAGUGCGCUAAGUUCAUGUACUAAUUAGUAAGCUAAAGCAGUUUGCUGUCCGUCACAGUGGAGUGGCGCCUUCAACGUGUACUGAAAGACGAACAUCGUUUAAUAGCUUAGUUUAACUUUGCACCUGGCCGAGGACGCACCUGCAGGGGGAGCUCAAACCAAAGAUGUUUAAUCUUGCUUAUAUCGGCGUCUUUUCGCUGCUUGGCUACGUGGGUUUCCGAUUAUUCAGAUUGUUCAUCGAGGGCGGUCAAUUUCGUAAGGCAACGCGCUGCGACGGGAAAGUGAUAGUGAUAACUGGGGCGAACACGGGCAUCGGUAAGGAAACGGCCAAAGAGCUGCUGCUACGUGGUGGAAAGGUUUACAUCGCCUGCCGCUCGCUGGAAAAGGCAAACCAAGCCCGGCUAGAACUGGCGGCGGAAACUGGUUCGAGUAAUGUUCACGUUCGCGAGUUAGAUCUGUCGUCGCUGGAGUCGGUGCGAAAAUUUGCCGCUGGCUUCUUGGCAGAGGAGACACGCUUGGAUAUUCUGAUCAACAAUGCCGGAGUGAUGGCCUGCCCGAAGGGCCUAACCAAAGACGGCUUCGAACAGCAACUGGGUGUCAAUCAUUUGGGUCAUUUUCUGCUGACCAACUUACUGCUGGAUCGACUGAAGGCGUCCAGUCCGAGUCGGAUCGUGAACCUGUCCAGCUUGGCCCACCAGUACGGAUCGAUUAACAAGCGUGAUUUGAACAGUGAAAAAUCCUACAACCAAGUGACAGCUUACUGUCAGAGCAAGCUGGCAAAUGUCCUGUUCACGAGAGAGUUGGCCAAACGCUUGGAAGGCACCGGAGUGACAACCUAUGCGGUUCACCCAGGAACUGUAAACACUGAGCUCCCGCGGCAUAUGGGAACAUUUUUCUUCCUUUUUGAGCACAAUUUCGUAAAGCCUUUCCUGAGAGUAGCUUUCAAAACACCGCGGUCAGGAGCCCAGACCACCUUGUAUACAGCAUUGGAUGAAGAAUUGGCCAACCAAAGUGGGAAAUAUUAUGCUGACUGUCGCGAAACUGUUCCCAGUAAAGCAGCCAGGGACGACGAAACUGCCAGCUGGUUGUGGGAUAUUAGUGAAAAAAUGACCGGAUUGGCCGGAAAAUCUUCCUAACAACUUUCAAGUUUCAGAUAACAGUUUAUUAUAAUUAGUGUAAGGCAUUUACGUUGUUAAUAAACGUUACAAAAUACAGCCAACA